CUCUCUUUUUUCUCUGUCUAGCUCUGAUGGCUUCCUCGAGGCUUUGCUCCCCUAAAUUUCUAGUCUUCCUCCUGCUCCUCUCAGCCAUACCGAUCGGCAUAAUCAUCUCCCUGGAGCUAGCAAAACCCCCCACUCACGUGUACCAUUACCACAGCACGGGGUGGUUUAGAGAGUGUGGCAAGUGGGAUGAACAAAAUCGGCGCUUCAUCGUGACUUUCUUCGAAGGAGGAAUCGGUCAGAUUCCGGUGACGGGAGCGGAGGGCGAGGUAUUAGAGGAGAUACCGGUGGUCAAAGACAUCGACCUGGCUGGAAACGCAUCCCUCGGACUCGUCAUCGACCGGCCGAGGAACCGGCUGCUGGCAGUUCAUGCAGACGCAAUGGGAAAUCGGUACGGGGCACUUGCGGCCUACGACUUGUCAACUUGGAAACGAUUGUUUCUGACCCAACUCAGUGGCCCAAGCGACGAGAAGUCAUUACCAGAUGAUGUUGCAGUGGAUGCAGAAGGCAAUGCUUAUGUAACAGAUACCAAAGCCAGCAAGAUCUGGAAGGUUGGGGUGGAAGGGAAGCUUCUAUCAAUCAUAAGAAACCCACUAUUUGUUGCAAAAGAAUGGUACAAGAACUUGGUUGCGCUGAAUGGCAUCGUUUACCACCCAGACGGAUAUCUGAUAGUGAUUCACACACUUAGCGGCAACUUGUUGAAAAUUGACCUGUCAGGUGGCAAGGAGGAAGUGAAACUAAUAAAGGUAGAGGGAGGGCCACUUACAUUCGGAGAUGGCCUAGAACUAGUGUCCCCUACCAAGGUGGUGGUGGCCGGGAAUCCUUCAGGUAGAUUAGUGGAGAGUUCUGACGGCUGGGAAACAGCUUCUGUGGCAGCGACAUUCCGGGGGCUUAAGCAUCGGUUGGCCACUGCGGCCACCGUGAAGGACGGCAAGGUGUAUCUCAACCAUAUGAUCGGAAUGGGCUAUCCUAAAAGGAAGCAUGCUUUCGUUGAGGCACAGUUUUAAAAGAGAGAAGAGAAAUCACUGCUCUAUGCUCUGAAUUUCAAACGCUAAAGAAAUCUGUCGUACUUGUAUGAUGAUCAUUUAUUUUGAUUUUGGUUGUAUGGUUGGUGGGUCUGUGCUCGUCAAUCAUUUGUGCUGGUGUUCAGGACACACAAUUUAAUUUUUAUCCUUGGAGUGACUGAUCAUUGACCCUACUGGUUGUGUUUGCUGCAAUUUCCUUUCUGCUAUUGUCUGCAUUAAA